GCUGAGAAAGAAACCAAGAACAACACAAGUAAAGAAAAAAAAAACCUGUGCCAAAGGCAAAAUGAGACAUCUUCUUUACAUUUUCUUCUUCAUUGCCUUUCUCGGUUUAGCAGGAGCUGGUCAAGAAUCAACACCCAUUGAAGCUCUAAAUCUCCAUCACAAACUCUUUCAACUUCCUCAAACCACUGAUCUUGAUCUCGCAGUUUCUGUGAGUGACAACAAAACCAUUACUGAGAUUUCCUCAAGUAUCAUAAAAGCAGAAACUUGGCUUAAAACCCAUGUCCUCUCUCGUUACCCUUCCACCAAAAUCACCACCAUUGUUAUCUUUUUCCCUGAUUCUUGCCAAACCACACAAAACAAACCCACCUCUGAUCUGGUUCUUUCUUCUUUGAAAAACAUUUACCAUUCUCUUACAAGAUGGGGUCUUGAGAACAACAUCAAAGUCUCCUCUGGCUUCUCCUACAAUUGCUUAAACAACCCAAAAAUCUCAGAAAUGUUCAAACCUGUUCUUAUCUUCCUCAAAACCAUAAACUCAACUUUCACCAUAAACCCACCUCAAAACUUCCUUUCUUCACCUGAUAAUCAUCUUGAUUUGCUUCAUUCCGUUGAAAAGCUCGGAUCUUUGAGCUUCAACAAAGUCAAUUUCUUAAACCCUGAACCAGAACAAGAAUCUACAACGACAAUGACAAGAAGAAAUCUGAGAUCUUUAAUCAAUCUCAGCAACAAAUUCACAAUCUCUUUCCCAACAUUACCAUCUCCAUCACCAGAAAACUCACCAAUUCACUCCUCAAUCGGACCAUCUCCACCUACCAUACCCUAUUUCUCAGAACCUUCACAAUCUCCGAUGUCCUCUCCUCCCCAAUUUCCACCGGAAUCAAAUCAAGGGAUCUCUCUUCCGCCGUGCCUUCCUUAUCAUCCGGCGCCGUCACCGUCUCCUGUCAAGAAGAAGGACGUGGAAGGGCUAUGGUGCGUGGCGAAACCGAGUGUAGCGGCAGAGACAUUGCAACAAUCUCUGGACUUUGCUUGUGGACAAGGAGGAGCCAAUUGCGAUGAGAUUAAACCUCACGGGAUAUGUUACUAUCCAGACACAGUCAUGGCUCAUGCCUCUUUUGCUUUCAACAGUUAUUGGCAAAAGACUAAACGAAACGGAGGUACUUGCUCUUUCGGUGGAACCGCCAUGCUUAUCACAACUGACCCAAGUUAUCAGCAUUGCCGGUUUGUUCUCAGUUGAGAUUUGUCAGCCAUUGAAGAUCUGGACUCUAAGAAACCAUUUAGUAGUGA